AUGAAAGAAACAAUCAUCUUCAAAAAUUCAAAAGAAAAUGCUUCAUAUCAUACGUUUCAAGAAAACUAAAUCACUUCUGAUUCAGUAGAAUCUGAAAUUAAGAGUGAAUAAAAAAGAAUGAUCUUUGCACUUAUUAUAUGUUGCUUCGUUGUCUCAGGAUAAUAUGGAUGUAUUGGUGCAUUUUUUAUACCGUACAAAGUGAAAAAUCAUCCUUCAAUAAGUGACUUUUAAGUUGGGCUUCUGCUGGCAUUUUUCGAGGUCGGAACAUUAGUCUCAAAUUUAUUUGUGUCUAAUGUAAUGGCCAUAGUUGGAAGAAAAAAUACAAUACUAUUAGCACUCUCGUAGAGUUUUCUAGCUUCGAUCGGAAUUGGUUCAAGUUCCUACAUUUAGGAUGAAGGAUAAGUAUUAAGUUACUUAGAAGCUGGAAUAGGAAUAGGAUUUAUGUUGGGAGCCCCAAUAGGAUAGACAUUUUCAAUUUUAAUGAGCUAUCCAUUUAUUUUCUUUGGGUUUGGAAUACUCCUUAUUUUCCCAUUUACCUUAUCUAUGCUUUUUCUUCCAAGGAGGAUCAACUAAUAUAUUGGAGAUUAAGAUAGUAAAAGUAUGGAUAUUCAAGAUGCAGAGGAUAUCUCUUAUGGCAAAAUAUUAAGGAAUAAGAAAGUCUUGUACAUAAUUAGCGGAAUAUUGGUUGAUAAAGUAGAAAAUUCUUAUCUAGUCUAAUCUGCUUUCAUAACAAGCACCUUAUCAUUAUAUCUUCAAGGAACUUCUAAGUUUUUCAACCCACCUGUGUAAUUUUAUUAUGGCUUAAUUAAGACAUAUAGAAAUUCUGUAGCAAGAGUGAUAAUUGGAAUAGUGCUUGCGGAUUUAUCCGUUGCAUUAUUAUGCACUUCCUUUCUUCCAAAUAUCAUAAAGGCUGUUGAAGAAAAAGAAGACUUAAAGGAGAGUAAUGACUAACUCAUGGAUAAAGCUUCAACUCUUUACAUUCUAUCUUAUACAUUCUCUUGCUUAAUCGCACCUCUUUUAGGUGGUUAUUUGAGUGAUAAUUUUGGAUACAACAAAGCAUGUGAUUUAAUGGGAAUGACUUUAGCUUUUCUUGCUAUUCUGUAUUUCGUAGUGAAUAUAUUGAUUAAAAAUUUGAAAGCAUGA